GGAAAAAAUAUAUAAUUUUCAUUUUAAUAUUCUCAUAAUAUUCUAAAAUCUUCCUCUAAUUUAGGACACUAUAUAAACCCCCUUCCUUCACUUCCAACUCAUCCAUCACAACUCAAAAUCAUCAAUGGCGCUUCGUCGUAUAAUAUUGAAACGCCUAAAAUUGGAUCCGAUUCCAUCGUUUCUAGAACAUUCUCAUUCUUCUACGGCAACUAAAACCGGCAUAAAAUCGCGAGUACCGGCGACACCGCCGGAUUCCUUCAACGGUGAAUUCGUCAGGCGGUUCAUUCAAAGGAGAGAAAUCAAUCAUGCAGCGAGACUGCCGGAUUUUUUGUCAAUUCCGGUAGGAGAAAAAUUGAGAGAGAAGUUGAAGUCGAUAAAUAUUACUGGAGACAGGAUUCGUUUCGAAGGCCUAGCUCCACCGGCUCCGGCAACGGCGGUUCCGGAAGAGACGAUGGGGAGAAUUACGGUGAGUGAUGCUAAGAAGAUACUGAAAAUUGCACAAUUGGAGAAAGUGAAAUUGAGACUCAGAGAGAUACCGAUGAACUCGAUUACGUAUUCUGAAUUUGUUGGAAUUUGUAGUGAAUUUUGUUGUAGUAGAGAACAGAGUUUGGAGUUUGCUAAAAUGUUGGAUGAAUCUGGCAGCGUCAUUGUUUUGGGUGACGUCGUUUUCCUCCGUCCCCAUCAGGUGGCAAAAUCAAUGAACAAACUAAUUUCAGAAUCAAUAGCAACACCAAACGACCCAAGAAGAAGAGAGCUCGAACAUAUGGAAAAGCAAAAGGCCUUAAUUGAUCAAAAAGCCCAAUCACUUGUCAAAGGAGAACUUUACUUUGGGCUGGGCUUCUUAGUUCUCCAAACAUUGGGCUUUAUGAGGCUAACAUUUUGGGAAUUGACAUGGGAUGUUAUGGAGCCCAUUUGCUUCUUUGUGACUUCACUUCACUUUGCACUUGCGUAUGGAUUCUUCCUAAGAACAUCAAAAGAGCCAACUUUUGAAGGAUAUUUCCAAAGACGUUUCAAAGUGAAACAAGAGAAGCUCAUGAAGACUCAUAAUUUCGAUCUUGAAAAGUAUAACAAAUUAAGAGAAGUGUUUUAUCCAACGUAUAAUUAUAACCAACCAUGUUAUGGAUUUUAGUCGAAUUCAAUCAUGCAACAAGUCUAGUUUUUGGUGUACUGUGCAUGGUUGAUUAAGGGUGUGCGUAUAUAGUCCAUUUUUCGCCCGAAAAAUGGAGAGUAGGUAAAAACUAUGACAAUGAUGAUGAAAUAUCACAACGUUGGAUCGUGGAUGUAAAACUUUCUGUUUAUUCGAGUAUGGAAUGAGAAAUAUUAUUUCGAAUUUAGAUAUCAAA